GCUAACUGCCACUUGAAAUUUUCCAAUGGGGGCCCUGGGUUGAGUAUAUAGUAGUUCAUUAUUUUUGUUGUUAUCCUGUCAUUAACAUUAGCCUGCGAUAUUCAAAGUACAAUGUUAUCGUCAAGAUUCUGCUUUUAUCAGCUUCCUGAAAAGUGAUUAUGUUCUGAAAAAUGCAUUAUCCAUUGUGAUUGGAGUUAUUCGGUUCCCGUCUCUGCUGAAGUUCCAGUUUUUAGUGGUAGAAUUCAUUUCUCAUCCCUGUUUGUUUCAGAGAAAAAGGGGCUUCGGCUUCUGGAUAUUCUAUAUUCCUCUCCUGCUUACAAUUUAUGGCCUUCAAUUCGUCUAGUGAUCACAAACUUAUGCUUCCUUGUCAAUUUGCUGUGGGCAUAACUAUGCUUCUCAGAUGAUUAUGAAGGUUGUUUAUGGUGGGUUCUUCAAUCUCAGUGAUUUUGACUUUUCCUCUCAGGUACAAAACUUAAGUAUUUUCUUCUUCAAUUGUAUUUGAUUCAUUUUGAAAUGUUCUGGGCCCUUGAAAAUUUGUCUUCGUUCUGGACCUAACAUUCUUUGAAAUUUUGUAACCGAGUUUUUACCGUCACACCAUUGAACGAUCGUGCCAUUGGAACCUGAGAAAAAUCCUUUUCAUUACCUCGUAGAUUCUCAGGCAUAGGCUAAAUUUUACUAAGAUGACAUGCAAAAGAUUUCAUGUGUGACACUGGGGGGUAGCUUUCUGUAAUAUCCCUUAUAUUGCCCCUGAACUCAUCUAGAAAUGCUUGAACAGGAGCUUUGUUUCCUUAGACCACCAUUCUUGCUGUGCAUUUUCGCUGGCUUCUUGCUAAAUUCCUUUGUCAUCGCUGAGAUUCCAUUGGGUUCCAAACUUUUGGUGGCUGACAAUGACUGUUGGGUCUCCUCCAACGGUGACUUUGCAUUAGGAUUCUUUAACAUUUCAGAUCAACCUAACCUAUACAGUAUCGGCAUUCAUUACAAUUCGAAGUCUAUACCAACUAGCCAGCAAACAGUUGUCUGGACUGCAGGAGCUGACAUCACAGUUGGUAAUGAGUCCUACUUCCAUCUCACUCAGCAAGGGGAACUGAUCCUGUUUGAUUCCUUACGGGGAAUCCCUAUAUGGACUAGUAAAACAGGCAAUCGAUCAAUUGUUUCAGCUGCUCUUCGUGAUAAUGGCAACCUUGUUCUACUGGACAGAGAGCAAAACACUGUUUGGCAAAGUUUUGAUGAUCCUUCUGAUACACUUCUUCCAGGACAGAGUUUAUAUGUGAAUCAGACACUUCGAGCUGCAAGCAAGAAUUCAUUGUCCAGCUACUACAGUCUAGAUUUGAACGCUUCCGGUCAGUUACAGCUGCGUUGGGAAAGUAGUAUUGUUUACUGGGCCAGCAAUAGCCCUUCUACUUCAAAUCUCAGCGCUUUUCUAACCCCCAGUGGAGCCGUGCAACUUCGGCAACAAAGUUUGAAGCCCGUUUGGUCAGUGUUUGGAGAAGACCACAAUGAUUCCGUGAAUUACAGGUUUCUUAGGCUUGAUUCAGAUGGCAACCUGCGGUUAUAUUCAUGGAUAGAAACUGCACAACUUUGGAGGACAGUCUGGCAAGCUGUUGAGAAUCAGUGCAAGGUCUUUGCAACUUGUGGUCAACGCGGUAUCUGCGGGUUCACUGCCUCGGGUGCCACUGAUUGUAGGUGCCCCUUUGAGCUCACUGACAGUAUCAAUUGUAUGGUUCCUUAUAAGGAGUGUGAAUCUGGCUCCAUUAUGCUUACAUUCAAGAACACAUUUCUUUAUGGAACAUAUCCCCCUGAUGAAUCAGUUAUCAUAAGUAGUCUGCAGCAAUGUGAGCAGUUAUGUCUGAAUGAUUUUCAGUGUACAUUUGCGACCUACUUCAAUAAUGGAAGUGGUCAGUGCUCCCUGAGGAAAACUCCGUAUGUCACUGGUUAUGCAGAUCCAUCUCUAAGCUCAAUAUCUUUUGUCAAGAGAUGUUCAGAUCCACUAGCUGUAAAUCCCAAUCCGAAGCAACCGCCUCCAUCAGAACAGCCUAUGGAGCUUUGUCUUCCUUGCUUAAUAGGAGCAGCCUCAGGCACAUUCUUCAUCUUUGCUAUGGUUCAGUUGGGAAUUGGUUUCUGCAUCUACAAAAGAAAAGGCUUUACUGGUAGGAAAACAGCCACCUUGGGUCUUGCGAGCCCACACUUGAAGGGCCUAGCUGUUUUAUCUUUCUCAGAAAUCAAGAGCCUAACUGGGGACUUCAGGAACCAGAUCGGUCCAACUAUGUUCAAGGGUUUGAUGCCAAACAAUCACCUGGUUACAAUUAUUAACCUCAAUGCAUUCAUUGAAGAAAGGAAGUUCCGAGGUGCUGUCAUGAAGAUGGGAAGCAUCCAGCACAAGGACCUUGCAAAGCUGGAGGGUUAUUGCUGUGAGUUCAAUCAUAGAUUUAUGGUGUAUGAAUAUGCCAAAAAUGGUUCUUUGGGUAAAUAUAUAGAUGAUUCAACUCUGUGCAAGAAGUUAACCUGGAGAAAAAGAUUAGACAUAUGCUCAACCGUGGCAAAAGCUAUCUAUUAUCUGCACACUGGGUGUAGGGAGUUCGUGAGCCAUGGAAAUUUGGAAUGUGAAAAUGUCAUGUUGGAUGAAAACUUGACUGCAAAGGUGACAGAUUUUGGGUUUGCAAGAAUAGAUGGUCAAGCAUCAUAUUGUGGUUUUUCAGCUGAGAAGGAUGUGGAGGAUUUUGGGAAGUUAGUAUUAACUUUGUUGAGUGGAUCUCGAAAUCAUGAGGAAAUUCGCGAUUGGGCUUAUAGAGAAUGGAAAGAAGGGAGAGUUGAAAAUGUGCUUGAUAGAAGAAUUGAAGGUGGAGUGGAAGUAGAAGAACUGGAACGUGCAUUAAGAAUAGCAUUCUGGUGCAUUCAGAUGGAUGAUCGCAUGAGGCCUUCUAUGGGGGAAGUGGUGAGAGUACUUGAUGGUAAUUCGAGUGUAGAUGCUCCUCCACACCCAUUUGCAUUUCAGAAGCCAUUGCAUGAAGAUGAUGAAGCACAAGAAUAUGGUUCAGAAUCAGAAGUAUAAGGCAGGAACUUCUAGUUAGCAUUCUUGCAAUGGUAUGUUUAUAUUAGUUAGGACUAACCAUCCAGGUGAUGAAUAACUAUGUUCAUGUCCAAUAUUUUUUUUGUCCCUGAAACCACAUGGGAUGUGACUGUAAACUGUGGAGAUCAUAGUGUUAAAUGUUGAUCUGCAUUUGAGCACAGCACAGACGAUUGUCACGUGCAGCCUUGCAGGGCAAAUUAGUGUUUGCUAAAUAAAAUGGAUAAAUGCAUUAUUGUACUGUA